UUCCCCUAGCAACGGGAGUGUUGGGGGCGUCGCUAAGGAGGAGCCGCCGCGGGGCGGACAUGGCGGACGGGGCUCGGGGCGUGCGGGGCCGCGGCGCCCCCGGCAGAGAAAAGCCAAAUGAAUUCCUUAGCGACACGCAGAAAGCCACCACUACUCAUCACCUGAGCCUCCAAGAACUGCAGAAGAGCUGGACACAGCCCAGAGACUGGGAAGGAUCUUCGUUAUUUAAAGGAGAAAUUGAAACUCGUUUUUCUCCCUAUACGAGGGAGAGUCCCACCAUCGAUGACUUAGAAGAAAGUUUACGGCAACUUAAAGUUCAGGUGGACAGUUUGGCCUCCAGUCUGAGUUUUGACACAGAUCAAGAUUAUACCCUAGAUUCUGGCACUGCAGAUGGGUCAAGUCCCUUUAAUCCGAAGUGGCCAAUGAUUCACAAUGGGACCUACACAAAGGCAGACACUGGAGACACACUGAAGCAACCUGAUGAGUCUGAGUGGUUUCUAAAGCCAACGCAUUUGGUCAGACCUCUGGGAGACUAUCCAGCACUUACGAGCCUAGGCCUUCCAAUGUUCUCCACGUCAGCAGUCAGCCGUGUGGCAGGGCUCCUCGGGAGUGAGAUAGCAAGCAGGAACUGUCUGCCGUCUGUGGAUCUAGCAUCUGCAGAACCAUUUCCAGCAAAACUUGGUGCUCCUCACGUGAUAGGAGUCAAGGCCUUGUUGUCCCCUAAAAUCCCAGUGAGGGCCCGCUCACCCGAAAGGGUCACUUCUCCCUUGGACAGAGGCAGGUCUCUCUCCUUUGAUCGCUUGAGGACCAACCGGUCCCAUUCAUUUUCUCCAGCAUCCAAAAGAACCCGCUGGCUCCGAUCUCGCUCACAGUCCCCGAGACCUAUCUGGAGACCAAACUCAGCCAAGGCAAAUGCCUGUGCCCAGCCUGCACCGCACUUCAGCAGGUCCAGGGGCAGCAGGAAGAAAACAGCAGCAACCAGGCAAUCCCGCUCCAGAAUAUACAAACCAGGAGCGCUGGCGGCCAGGUCCUGCACUCCGGGCAGGAUGCCCACAAAGGCACUGAGCUCUUCGUGGAGCCCUUACAGUCUGUCCUCUGCUGCUAUAGCCUCACCCACAGCUCAGGAGAUCAAUGAAAGGUUUUUGCAGACUCUUGCAGAAGGUGCUGUGGGGAGGUCCCUGAUAGAAAUGUCCCCGUAUGAGAAGGAGCUGGCGCGCCUCCGGCUGGAGCGCCUGCGUAUGGAGGAGGAAUGGUUACUGGAGCUGAAGAGGCAGCAGGAGUUGGAACGAACACGUGGCCCCAAGCCCAAGUGCUUGCUCAGUACCAGCGCUUCUGUUCUCUAGGUAUGAGAUGAAAAGCUCCCAGUUCCACUACGAAGCCCACAAGAAUAACCAGUUGCUGAGGAGCAGCCAGGACUUGCAGUCCAUGUAUAACUAUAGGCGAGAACUGGAGUCAGCAUCCAAGGAGUUCCAAGAACAUUCGAAACCCACACACUUGGCUUCUCUCUAAUAAGAGCUAACAUCCCUGGCACUAACCCAUGCCAGCGAAAGAGAGACUUGGGGGUUGCGUAUUCCAGGAAGUUUGCAUGCUGUGCUUGGAGGAGAGGUAACAAGGUGGCAGGAAGGGGUGUUCUUCCACCCCAGUAAUCCACCGACCAUUUCCAUCCUUGGAGGAACUCUGUUGUUUUCAAUACUGAAAGUGGUAUGUUAGCAUGAAUGAUAGCAAACUACAUCACCAAUGCUCUUAUCUACCUCUGUCUAUAGAUCAACAAAGAUCUAUGUGCUCACUUUCUGCCCAGGAGGGAAUUUCCCUGUACAAAUCACCCCUACUCAGCUUACUUGCAGCGCCCCAAAAACCAAGGAGGAGGGUAUGGGGAUGGAAACACAGGAAGAGGGCAGCAAUGCAAUGGGAAAGAUUGAUCUGAUAACAUAGACAUCGGAAGCCGACCUAAAGCCCCAUUUGUCAAAUCUUACAGCCAGAGAUGAUGACAAGUUCAGAGUACAGCAUGCCUUGGCUCCAAUGUGCUUGCAGAUAUUGCAGUACCAUUCAUUCAGCCCUCCUGCCUGUGGGCUCCCUCCUUUUAAAUGAUUGUUUCCUCCAAAGUGCAGCCCUAAUGAAGUCCCUAUGACUUUUUUGCAGGUGGCUUUGUUUUGCCUUUAAGUCUUUCUGUAAUUAACGGCUGACGAGUGGAGGAUCUAAAGCUCUGCUGCUUUCAGUGGUCACAUUUAAGUGUGAGCAUUUCCAUACUGCAGGAUCUCACAGUGCAGUGCAUGCAGUUCUGGAAACCAAAACAAUGGUAUAACGUUUUAGUUUGCAAUACCCAUGAUUUCCACAGUUUCUGAGGAGACACCCCGAGGCCAAGCCAUCUCUAUUCCCUAACCAGCGCAAGUUAAUCUAUUUGAACAGCAGCACCCUGAUUAACAUUUGUAAUUUUCCAUCAGGAGGUCUUAGGACAUAUUGAUUGCUUUAAUAAAACUCUGUUGCCACUGAUCACGGCUAGCAAGCGCAGUGGGAAUACAGGGAGCACUUCAUUUCUCCAGCACUGAUAACUUAUUUGCUACACUCAUGGCAAAACUUGAAUUAUUAUGGAGGGGGAGCUGGGAACGGGAGGUGAUUUCACAAGGCCAGUAGGGCUUAAGAAAAAAAGACAAAAAUAAAAAAUAAGGUUGCAACAGAGUCUCUCUCCAGCUCAUUUUGGUCUGACAUAAACAAAUGGGAAAACUGAAAAAUCAGUAACUGCUAUUAUUACUGUGUCCUUCUCCUGGGAAAGUCAGGGGUUUAACCAGGCGGUUGGAGACUCCAGGAAAGUUACAGAACUAUUGAGAAUAUAGUUACCCUGUUAAACCCCACUCAGAUUCAUUUUCAGCUGCAUUGAUCUGUCAUGUGCAGUCUGGAAAGAUACCGUGUUGAAUUAUACAUCACUUCUUUUUUCCUAAUGGAACCAUUACAGAAACUGACAUUUUUUUAGAAUUAAAUUUACUCUUUUGCUGUUUAUCCUGAUUUACUUUUCACAUUUCACGUGCUGGGGCUCCUGCAUUAGGAUCAUGCUGCUGGGAGCUUAGAGCUUAACCAAAAGAAAUUAAACUUUAAUUCAAAUAAAAAAUCUCCAAGCAUUUCUAGCAGGUUUGAUGAACCUUAACCCCCCCCCCACGAGACUCACAGUGAACAAAAUUACCCGACAAACAGCCUCUUUAAAGCUACAGCAGCUAUGGGGGAAAGUGAAUGUCCUUACCUCAUCAGCUAGAGCAUGGGGAUGGAGGAUCAAGGUAGCUCAUUUCUCUCCCACCCCGAGCACUUCCUGACCAUGUGAUCAUAAGCAAGUCACUUUGUCUUUCUGUACCAUGGUCACUUUGUUCAUAAAGGGUGGGUGACAACAGUUAGCAUCCUAUCGAAUGAUUGAUGGAGGAAGAGGCCUGCACACAGCCAAGGCCUUAUUGUCACUUAUUUGAGUGAUGGGUUGUCCCGCAGAGUCUGAGAUACAGGGAUUCAUACCUAUAUGUGGGACGUAAGAUUUUCCUUACUAAAGCAUUAGGAAGGAAGCCACUGAUUAUAAAAACCUGGUCCCCCUGAUGCGAACGGCAAAACUCCAAAUGACCUCCAUGGAAGUGGGAUUUCAACCGAGGAGUUUUGGUGACCCCAAAGGGUGACUGACGUUAUGGUAGUCUCUAUAAAUAUACAUCGGCCAAUGUUUUCUAACCCGUCCGGUUGCCUAAGUAGUAAUGUAUGUGCUUAACAUUAGGCAGCUUUAUUUGAAAAUGCGGCCCAUUGCUUCUUUGACCAGAAAUGGUUCUCUCUCUUUAGUCUCACUAGCCUUUAAACCUGCUCUUACCUUUUAAAUUGUAAUUGUUCUCUCUUUGUAUCAACUUUUUAUAGAGAUUCUGUGUAAAUGAGAAACUUGGUUUAUUAAUAAAUAUUACAGAUUCUACCUCAUGAAUAACCAACA